GUUGAAGGCCAAGUGGUUCAAGACUGAUGGUGAUGUCAGCAAUUGCCAUUUUUGAGUGACGUCAUCUCCAGCAGACCCUUUCCCUAGCUUCUUGACCAUUUCCCCUUGAAAUUUUCAACCUGCAACCAAAAAAACAACAACAAAAACAAAACAAGGAAACGAGGAGAUGAACCGAUCGACUGAACCACCAUUACCAUCAACAUCCUCCUCAUCAAGCUCAACCACCACCAGAUCAAUAACACCACCACUCAGAUCGAGACACUCAACCAGAUCAUUCACCUCACUAGCACCAUCCGACUCAAGAUCAAACCACCACCAUCGACCAACAACAACAACAGCAUCCUCAAAGGCACAGUACAAGCCCAGGAAAUCAUUCAAACUACAACAACUACAACUACAACAACAACAACAACCAAACUCAAACCAACAAACCCAUCAAUCAAUCCCAUCCAAACUGUCCAUCCCAAUCGGAACCACCAGACCAGAGGACAUCGAUCUCCUAUCGAUCGAAGAUCCAGAUGACCUAUUCCUCAACUUCACCAUCAGAGAGAUCAGAUCCAUCGAACGUCGCGCACGAUCCGAUGCCGAUCAGAAACGGGAAGACCUCAGGCAGAUGGUCGGCGAACGAUAUCGUGACCUGCUCAGUGCUGCCGAUUCGAUCGUCAGAAUGAAGAAUAGCUCAGAAAAACUGCUGAAGAACUUGAAUCAUGCUCAACUCGAAUCAGAUAGAAAUCGAUUGAAAUCAAAAGCACAACUAGCAGGUAACUCCCAUACAAGGUCAAUCACCGGAUCAUCCAAAUUAUCCUACACCUUGGCCACCCUAGUCAGAUUACUACUAGAUCUCGCAGAACAUAUCUGGAGAUCAUUAGAACAAGAAGACUUCCUGACGGCAUCUAGAUAUGAAUCCUUGGGCCGAAUCAUCUCUAACGAACUGACGAGCGGAAAUUGGGAUGAAAGUGGUGAGACAGAGCCACAUGAGGUAAUCGAAAUGUUCCCGAUCGUCGAAAGGCAGAGUGAAACCUUAGGACAACUAGGGCCUCAGAUCUCCUCUCGAGCGAAAAGCUUCCUAAGGAAAUGGGAGGCCAACAGUCAAGCCACCAUGGACGCAUUGGCUGCGAUCAUCUUAAUGGAUAACACCAGUCUAUUGGAUAGUCUCCAACUUCUCUUACAAGUUCGCAAGACUACCUUCAACUCAUUGAUCGCUCGGUUGAACGGAUCCUGGACAGAACUAGUCAAGAAUGCUGUCAGGCUACUACUUGCCACUCUCGAGAACGUCGAACAGAUCUUCCUCAAGGAUGAUCUCACCAACUUAUUAAAGGCUGUUCAAGAUGGCUCAUAUAAAGAAAAACACCUCAAACCACUCCUCUCUUUACUCCCCAAUGCUCACCAGCUAAUCCACCACAUCCCCAAAUCGAUCGUCAACUUCAGUCCCUUCGUCGCUGCGCUCACUGUAUCAGAAGAAUUCCAGCCUCAUUCGAUCACCCAAUCUUGGUUUCAAGCUUGUCAGCUCGAGCUGAUCUCCUACAUUGAUAAGAAACUCGAUCAAGUCCAAUCCACACAGACCCUAGUGGAAUUUAGAUCGACUCUCCGAGACCUGAUAGGUGAACCAAAUGAAAGUCGAUUUCAAUCAACAAUUGAAGAUCUUGGAAAAUCGAUCUUACUAAGUCUUAACAGAAGGUUUUAUGAACUAUAUCAAGCUAGACUAGACCAUCUGAGGAUCGAAGUUAUUGAUGGUCUGAAAGAAAAUGAUGAGCGAGGAAGGGCUCAGAAAGAGAGAUGGAUCUUGGAUAAGAAGUUACCAGUACUGGAACCUAACGAUCCAACUAGAUUCCCGAGAUAUUUGAGAUCGAUCCAGAAUCGAAUCGAAGGAAAAUUGAUCACCGAAGAAGAAGAAGAACAAGACGGAAAAGGAGAAGAAGAUCAGAAUAAAGCUGGGAUCGUCAAAAAGAUGGAGUGUGUUGGAAAGCUGUUACGAGAAGAUUUCAGUCGUUGGGAAGAUGAUCAAGGAAGUUGGAUCAAUCCUCAUCCAACAUCAACCCAACAAAGAAAUUCUUAUCUCGACCUAGGUGCGCAGUUUGUGGAGAGUUGUUUAAAAGAAAUCAAGAGCAUUUUGGACCAGGAAAUGGAGAAAACAAAUAUAGGGAAAGAAUUGAGUGUAGGAGAUCUAGCAUUACAAAUCCUAUCGACUCGCAGCAGUUUUAUGAAAGACCUAUCAUUACAACAAAAUCCUGAUCAAAAUAGAUCGUCGAGCGAAUCGAAAGGAUUCAUUGAAGACUUUCAAGCAGGCUUGCAUCAGAUCUUGUCACUCUCAUCGGAACAUUGGACUCAUGAUGUCGUUCAUCAGGCGGUUCUUAUCUUUCAUGCCUCUCAUGUUAAACUCACUCAAAACUCACAUUAUUUUAUUCUAGAGUCGACGAUAGAAGAGCCGAAGAAGAAAGAAGCAGUAACCCGACCAAGUGAAGGCCUAUUUAAAGCGCUCACAUAUCUCUCAACCACGAUGAUCAAAAGCCUCGGAGUGCAUCGACUCAAGGCGCAACAGGAGAGUCUCCUGGAGAUCCUGAUCGACCGAUUCGUGUGUGGGAUUCUCGAGGAUAAUCGGAUCCUCGAUCUCGUCUCUCAGUCCUCUAAUCUUCAACUUAGCCUGGGGCCACAGCUUCUUGUUGAUUCUAUCUUCUUCGAUCUCCUGUUCUUGGACCAUUUGUUCUUUGCUUCCAGGCCGCUUACUUCUGCUGAUCAUCAUCAUCAUCAACAGCAACCACUUCAAAUGAUCAAUAAAGUGAUCGAUACGAUCUUAGAACAGACAGGUGAAAAAGAAGAAGCAGAAGAAGAAGGAGUAAAGAAGAAGAAGCAGGAGACGAUCGAGCGAGUGAUCCGAUUCAAAUCGACCAUCCAAAGACUAUGGUGGCCAUUAUUCCCAAUUACCAUUCCGUCAAACAAGACAAUUACUGGGGAAGGAGCAGAUAGAAAUCAAGACGGUAGAACAGACCAGAAUAAUGCAGGACAUCGUCAAGCUCUUAAUCGAAUCCCAUCCUCCUCCUCUACUACUACUACUGCUACUGCUAUUACUUCUACUCCUCUUAUUGACUUUAAAAAGCUACCCAAGUUCGGUGGGCUACGCUGUGUCAAACCUGGGAAUCGAUUCACAUUGAUGUCGAUCCAAUGA